AUGAACAAAGAUAGGAACAACCUUGAUCGAGCUGCUAAAUUUUCGUUUAUUCCUUUUAUGUAUUUUUAUGUAUAUCAGGCAAAUUGGAAAGCAUUACGUGGUGCUCUUGUUGGUUGCUUGGCCUUCCUAAGGAGAAAAAGUGAUGUUGGAAUACUUACUAAUCAUGAUGUGCUGGAAGUUACUCACUCUUUUCUAGAAAAUCAUAGGCUGCAGUCCAUGGCUGGAUAUGAGAGGAAGCUAAGCUUGCAAGUCAUCGAAUGCUUAUUUGAUCGUUACAACGAUGCAAUUGUUGAUUUGGUAAGCUAA